GUUAAAUAAGUUGACCCUUACGUUACAUUCAUUUUGCAAAGUGAUUAUAUUAUAAAAAUAUUACAUGAAAAAAAGAUUAAAAGAAGAUGUCGAUCAUUUCAAAUGUGCUACGGGGUUUCGAUUACAUAUUCGAUGAUUUGGGAGAUCCACGAGUGAAGGAUUGGUGGUUGAUGAAGAGCCCGUGGCCGGUACUCACUGUGCUGGGAGCGUAUUUGUAUUUCUGCAGCUACAAGGGACCUCAGUACAUGAAAGACAAGAAACCAUACAGACUGAAAAAUGUUUUAAUUGUUUACAACAUUGUGCAGAUUGCUUUGAGCGUUUACUUAACUUAUACGGGUUUAGUUUACGUCUACAAAACAAGCUAUAGAUUUACCUGUCAAGAUAUAAAUUAUUCAAACGAUCCGGAGAAUUUGAGGUGGGCAUCCAUUGUAUAUUUGUACUUCAUAGCGAAGAUCACUGAACUCUUGGACACCGUGUUCUUCGUGCUUCGAAAAAAGCAAAAUCAAGUCACCUUUCUACAUUUAUACCAUCACACUUUAAUGCCGUUGCUCUCUUGGUACGGCACUAAAUAUUACGCUGGAGGCCAAGCUAUUCCUGAAGGAACAGUAAACUCAUUCAUUCAUGUUAUCAUGUAUGGUUAUUACUUGGUAGCCGGUCUGGGACCGCAGUACCAGAAGUACUUGUGGUGGAAGAAGCAUCUCACCUCAAUGCAGCUCAUUCAAUUCUGCCUCGUCUUGUAUCUGAAUGUCGUUGGACUGUUCUCUCAGAACUGCAAUUACCCGAAAUCACUGAACGUCAUUGUGGUGACAAACUGCUUGGCCUUCCUAUACAUGUUCGGAAGGUUUUACUACAACAGUUACGUCAAAAACAAUCGUGGAAAAUCUGAAGUUGAAAUAAAAGAAAGCUAAUAAGGAUCAACGAAUAUAAAAUGUCUUUAUCGCUCAAUAACCUGCAAGUUAUCCGAGAUUUCUAUCUAUAGCUAGCGGUGGAUGUCGACUAAAGACAAUACAUUCCUGUGAUGUUUAUCAAGUAUCCUAUUCAAAACUCACCCGCGCAUUAAAGAUUUGUGUAAUAUUACCGAGUAUCUGUGAAGUCAAUUGGGAAUUACAGCAUUAAAAAUAUUAGUAUUGGAAUUAUCC